UUAUCAGUAGUAACUCUCAAGAUAUAUCAUACGCCCGUUACUAGUUGUAAACAAUGGAAUUUGAACGUUGAUUUGUGUGGACGACAAACAAGAAUACUUUAAUUUACGCGUUGUUAUUAAUGUCAGCGGAUGUUAUUGGCACUGUGGCUUCAUUUAACUCAUUAUGAUGGCUGGGGAUUCUUUUCCUUGGCCAUAGUUUUGUUAAAUCGAGGGAAAUGGCAAAAUAUGUUGAUAACCAAGUAUGGCUGGGAUUAUAGAAAGAAUAUUCCCAAUCAACUGCAGUCUUAAGAUAUUAGAAGACUAUGUUGGAUAUAAGCUCUCAUCAGUUCCUUCGUUAUGUAUUAUUGGUCCAGCAAAGUCACUGAAAACCUCUCUCCUAAUGCAAGCAGCAGUAACAGAGGGUGAAGCAGGAGGACAAGUAUUGUUCAUGGCUCCACAGAAACUUACACGUCUCCCUCCUCCUGUCCAUGGCAUGCCCCCUCCCUCAUCAUCUGCUAUGAACAACAUAAGGUUCCUAUAUGCAGAUUGCACAACAGAACUAUACAGGUAUUUGGCAUCCUUGCAUAUGGUUCCAGAGAAGGACAGGCCAAGUCUUAUCAUCAUUGAUGACCUUCAUACCUACAGCACACUUCCAGAAUGUGGAGAUGUUGCAACUCAGAUGGUCAAUGCUGCAAGGAUACUUUCCCUUGCACAAGAAUCUGCAAGGUACUGCAGCAGUAAUGUUGCAGAUGAUGAUGGUGCAGGAAACAAUCUUGCAAAGCAAUGUAGUGUUUUAGCAUCCUGGACACAGUGGUCGUCUGACCCCCUAAGACACACCGAGUUAGAAGGCUUUGCUCGGACUUUCUGCCAUCAUGUCUGGACUCUUCAUGAGAAUAAAAAGGGUAGCACUAAAAAUACAGUAGAAUACAAUAUGGUUCAAGAAUUCACAGGAGCAACGUUUACUUUAAACUUCUCUGGUCACCAUAUUGGUCAUAGAUCCAACUACAUCCUUUUUCAUGAACUUACACUUGAGGAGGAAGAGGAGGAGGAGGAAGUAAAGAAGGAGGAGGAGGGAGAAGAGGAGAAGGCAAUUAAAAAGGAGGAGGAGGAAGAAGAGCAGGCAAUUAAAAAAGAAGAGGAGGAAGAAGAGAAGGCAAUAAAAAAGGAAGCGAGGAAGGCAAUGAAGAAGGAAGAGGAGGAGGAGGAGAAGAAGGAAAAGAGGAAGAAGAAGAAGACGGAGGAGGAGGAAGGAAAAGCUAGCAAAGGAGAAUCGUCAAAAUGUGCUGAAAGGAAAAGGCCACACAAAUCUAAAUAAUUAAAUAGUAUUGUAACUCUUUAAAACUUUAUUAUUUGACAGAUAUUAUGAUAGGUAUUUAGGCUAAAGGAAAUAUAUUUUAUAUAUUUUUUAUAUAUCAAUACAUAUAGGGGUUACUUUUUUAGAAUAUUGUGGCAAAUGCAAAUAAACUUGUCCCAGAACCAAGAUCUGUGCCAUCAAAAAAUUAGGCCUUUCAUACAAUGUGCAAUUUAUCUUAAUCCCUGAACUCAAAACUGUAUUCUUUGCUGUUCCUUACCACAACAAAGCCUAUAUCGUA